AUGGCCAACCAACUCGUCUCCCACCUCAGCCUGCUGGCACUCCGGGCCGGCUUCUUCGUGGCCUGCCGGCGCUACCUCGGGCACUUCGACCUCAAGCGGCUCGCCCAUCCGCCCCCGCAGAAGCAGCCCGAGCCCGCCGCCCCGCCCGAGCAGGCCGUCGCCCCAGCCAUCGCCGCCCUCAUCUUCUGCUGCUCGUUCUGCGAAGGCAGUCUGCUCUUCAGCAUCGUCAUCCUCGGCUCAUGGCUCAGCCCCCAGGCCCGCAAUCUCAACUGGAACUUCUCCCUCGCCCUCCUCAUCUCCUCCGUCGUCUUCAUCGUGCCCUUCCUCGAAUCGCUGCUCUUCUCCACCACCCUCCUCAGCCGCCGCCGGAAGACCAACGAGCGCAUCAGGAUUCUGUCGGCAAGGACGCUGGGCCUGACCUUGGUCCCAUUCGGGGUCUAUCUGGUCGUAUACUACCGUCUAGGGCAGGUCAUCCAAGGCUUGUUGGGCGUCGAGUCGGGCAGCCACUCGUUUGGCUUCCUCAACACGACUCUCGCCAGGAUCUGUGUCCCCGGGGUCAUCCUCAUCGCCUCCCUCUCCGGCGGAGGAGCGGUGAACACGGCAUGGCUCACCUGGGAAUGGCGCCGUCGGGCUAAGGAACCGCCCAUCACCGACCAACAUAUCGUUGCCGCUGAGAAGUCGCUCCUCAGAACCCAGAACGACCUCGUCGACCGUAGAUCCAUCCUCCACCAGCAACAGGCCAGUCUUGCCAACAGCUCCAAGCCCGACGGCUCCAGCCUGCUCACAACCCUGUUCACCAGCUCUUCCCACCCCAAAACAACCCAGCUCCAGCAGGAAGUCGCCGGGCUGGAGGCCAUGGAAGCCCAGAUGAUUUCCGACAUCUCUGUCCUUAAGGAGCGCAAGGAGUCUCACGAGUAUUCUCGCACGAUCCCGGGGAUGAUGCUGAACAUCGCAAACUGGUUCCUCUCGGUGUAUUGCGUCUACCGUCUCUUCAUGGCAUGCGUGAAUUUGAUAUUUGGAUAUGUGAAGCACCCGACGACGACGACGACGCGGAACCCGACGACAGACGUGGUGACGUAUCUGGUAGCAAAGGUCUUGGCGACAUUCAGUAUCGAGCUCGAGAUCGGCAAGCUGACCCGCCUCGUCGGCCUGGUCCUCAUCGGCUCGAUCAUCGUCGUCAAUCUGCGCGCUGUGCUCGUCUGGGUCAACCGGGUCUUCAACCGGCUCUCGGUCUCCUCGACCAACCCCAGCGGCCUCGGCAGCAGCCUCAUCCUCCUCGUCCUCGCCCAACUCAUGGCCAUUUAUCUGCUGACCUGUCUGAUCUCCCUGCCUUCCUCGAGCCCGGCCAAAGAUCCAUCGACAGAGACCCCGCCAAACGGGCUGAAGGAGGCCUCCUUACUCGACACCUUGCCCUCCUUCUCCCGCUUCAGCAAGCUCUUCGACCUCGUCUUCCUCGCCACCGGCACGCUCACCUUCCUCUUCCGCUGGCUGCUCAACCAGAUCUGUCUCCCCCCCGACACACCCUCCACCUUCAUCCCCUCCUCCUCCUCCUCCGCUCCCAAUGGCGAGGAAAACAUUCAGCUCAACCAGCGCAUCGGCGCUCACUUUGUUUAA